AUGAAACAUAGCAUCCAGCUCGUCUCUACGGCGAAGAACGGCUCACUGGAGAAGCUCAAGCCCAUCAGAGCGAAUAGCCCCGUUGCCGUUCGCGGAAGAGUUCAGGCAAAACAGGCGAAAGGCUCGGAGAUGGAGAAGACUGAUCCUUGGGAGAUUCAGGUGGAUGAUGUGCAUGCUCUCAACGACUUCCCGAAAGACAUUCUCAUGAAGUCCGACACGGUUUUCGCCCCGAAACACAGAUACCUACAACUACGAGUCGACAGCGAACUGCGGGAAGCACUCCGAUUCAGAGCCCAAGUGCAUAACAUCUGCAAAGAGGAGCUGGAACAAUGUCGACCUGCGUUUGUGGAGAUUGAGACACCGCUUCUGUUCAAAUCUACGCCAGAAGGCGCUCGCGAAUUCCUCGUUCCAACCAGGAAAAAGGGUCUGGCAUACGCCCUUCCCCAAAGCCCGCAGCAAUACAAGCAGAUUCUCAUGGCCAGCGGCAUCCCGCGCUACUACCAAUUCGCGCGCUGCUUCCGCGAUGAGGAUCUCCGUGCGGACAGACAACCGGAGUUCACACAGCUGGAUCUCGAGAUGUCCUUCGCCACUGGGGACGAUGUGAUGCGGACGGUCGAAGGUAUCAUCCGUCGCCUUUGGUCCUCUCUAAUGAAAGACACUGCCCCUUCAGGGCCGUUCCGCAGAAUGGCGUAUCAAGACUCCAUGAGCCGCUAUGGUUCCGAUAAGCCAGAUACUCGCUUCGGCAUGGAAAUCUCACGUAUCGACUACCUUCUACCCGUGGAUCUCGUGCAAAAGAUCUCACCCUUGACGACUCCAAUCGUCGAAGUAUUCAAACUCGAAAACAACGACAAUGACCCUGCAGCUAUGUCCGAUUUUAUCACUCAAUUCCUCGACUCCCCCGCUGGCGCGCCCUUCAACGAGAACCCAGAAGGCGGCCCCGGCAUCUUCGUCUACGACGCCAAGAAGCCUCUCUGCGGACUAACUCCCCUAGGCUUCGAAGCUGCAGAACAUCUGGAGGAGCUUCUGGAUCUGGAUCACGGGGACCUCAUUGUCCUGCAGGCCCGGAAACAAGGUCCCUUCGCCGGCGGUUCCACCCCUAUCGGCGACCUGCGCCGCGCUCUGCACUCCGCCGCCGUUUCCUCUGGGUUCAAGCCCGCGCCUACUGGUUUCGACUUCCUCUGGAUCGUCGAUUUCCCUCUCUUCUCGCCGUCCAGUGACGCUGAGCCGGGCCAGGGCGGAGCCGCAGGCAUCUCCUCCACCCACCACCCGUUUACGGCACCCAAAACCGCCGCGGACGUGGACCUUCUCCUCUCGGACCCUACCCGGGUCGUCGCCGACCACUACGAUCUCGUGGUCAACGGUGUCGAGCUCGGCGGCGGCAGUCGGCGUAUCCACGAUGCGGCCGUGCAGGAGUUGAUCAUGCGCGAUGUGCUCAAGAUGCCAGCGGAGCGAUUGGCGGAUUUCUCGCAUCUGCUCGAUGCCCUGCGCGCCGGAUGUCCACCCCAUGCUGGGUUGGCGCUCGGCUUCGACCGUCUCGUUGCUCUGAUGCUGGGGAAGGAGUCUGUGCGCGAUGUCAUUGCUUUCCCUAAGAUCGGGAAGGGCGGCGAGGACCAAAUGGUGAAGGCGCCCAGCCCGGUGACGAAAGAGGCUUUGGAGACGUAUCAUCUUCAACUCACUGGAGAGUAG